GCACAAUGCGAGCAGCAGAGCGGGGCAGCAGCACAGUGCCGAGCCCCCCCGGCCGCCCCCUCCCCGGCGCGGCCCCGUAAGAUGCUCCGGGGGAGGCGGCUCCGCCAGAUGAGUGCAUUUCAGGGAAAGGGGAAAAGGAAGCGCAGAAAUUGGGAAGGCCAGCUGACCUCUCCCACUGCACACCUGGCUGGAGUAUAGAUGGCCUCAAAACGUCACUCAGAGCCUCUGAAUGCCGUCCUUUUCCACAAGCUACCUCGGCUGGAGGCCGAGCCUGACCCGGGCAUCCCCUCCAUGCUCUGCAAACCCAACCCCGCACCCACAGCCGGCCCCGAAACCCACCUCGGCUACAAGGGCUCCUACUUCUCCUGCCCACAGGUGGAGGGACAGCUCCUGCACUGCCUGCUCCGUCAGCCCCACAGCCCCACGGGCAGGCCGGGUGCUGAGCAGGGCAAAAAUCACCCCAUGUGGGACCCCCUGGUGGCACAGGACAAGUGGCCCAGCCACCAGGGCCACCCCUUUCCACUGAAGAAGCCACCAGCCGUCCCCAAGCCCGUGUACGCAGCCCCGCUUUGCUUCUCACCGCUGAGCUCCCAGGGAGGUGAUACCCUGCAGAGGGGGCCGGGGGCUGUCUCUGCUGUGCCCCCACCCUCCCCUGUCACCCUCUCCCAUUAUUACACUGCCUUUGAGAAAUACCGUGGCCCCCCUGCUGUGCAUGACCAGGGGAAGGCACCCGAAAUCCCCACCUGCAUCCCAGACCCCUGGAUGAAGGCGCACCGGGAGCAUCCCUCUGCUUCCUACCCACAGCCCCCCUACCCGCAGCCCCCGGGCUCCUUCUCCUACAAAGCUUUCGGCUUCAUGGUGAAUGGGAAAUCUCCCCCUUUUCCCAGCACUUACCUUAAGCCCUCAGCCCCCCGGAGCCACUAUCCCAGCCCCUCAGAUGGCUUCGUGUCCAGGCUGGAUGCACCGGGCACGUUGCCCUCGCUGAAAGCAAUGGGGCCACCGAGGGAUCCUGAGCCUCCACCUCUGCCUCCAGCCAGGUACCUGCAUCCAAAUCCCGGAUUCGCCUUCAGCCCCAUGGAUGCUGCGUUAUUCGCGGAGCAUCACAGCGAUGGGCGAAUGGCACCGCUGGAAGCCCACGGAGGGAGGGUGGUGACGAGGCACGGCAGCGCCUUCCACCCCAUCCACGCCCCACAGAAGACACCUGAUGGGCUGCUGGGGCCGUUUCCCAAGGGAGAAGCUGGCUACAGUCUGGAUAAGGCUAUGACGGCCAACCCUGUCCCCUGCCAGCAGCAGGUGGCCAAAGGUGGGGUUGGGGAUGCCACCAAGGAGCAUUUCACCCCUCGUGGGGCCAUCUGUCCCCAGGAGAGGCUGAGGGACCGAUGGAGCGGUGAUGUGUCCCCCCCUUCCCCACCGAUGCCAGUGAUCAACAAGGUCUUCAGCCUGGCCCCUUACCGGGAGUACCUGGAGGGGACCGAAGGCUCCACUGAUGUCCCCAAGGAGCACCCACGGGGGGACACACCACCCCAAACUGCAAGCAGUGGUCAGGAGCCUGCUGGCAUCAAGGUGACCUCCAGCUCGCUGCGUGGUGAAGGGGAAAGCUGUCACCAAAAGAUCCCCGAGGGUCCCAAGGCAAAGCCCGUGUCCCCAAAGCCACCAGCAGGAUGUCACCCAGGGCUUCAGGACAGCGGUGGGGAACCAACCCCUGGUGACGUGGCACUGGACUUGAGCUUGAAGAAGAGCCUGGUGACAACGGGGAGCACCCAAACGGAGGGGAUGUUGGACUCAGGGGAGAAAGAGGGGCCACUGGGCCGGGUGGAGGUGGGUGAGGACACCAACGUGCCACCACAGCUGGUGGAGGCGGGUGGGGACACCAAACCCCAGGUGCCACCCAACCGAGUUGAGGUGGGUGAGGACACCAAAGCCCAGGUGCCAGCGCAGCUGGUGGAGGUCAGCUCCAAGGACAGGAGCCACUUCCAGAGCUCAGCUGCCUUCAUGUUCAAGAAAUACAAGAUCCUGAAGUCCUGGGGAUCCCCCUGCGCCCCCCAGCCCAGCUCCCUGCCGCACGCGUGGCAGCGGUCCCCCAGCACCUCCGUCCCACAGGAGCCUUGCCACAACCCGAAGCCUGUGGACAUGGCACCAGUGCUGCCCCAAGCCCCAGUGCCCACCCCCUGCCACAUCCCUGCCCAGCCAUGCGUAGCCAACCAGGGUUUCUCUGCCUUGCACACAUCCCUGUGCCGCAUCAUCUCAUGCUCGGUGUCCGCGUCCUCCCCGGAGCUGCUGCGGGACUGGCUGAGGAGGACAGAGCCGGGAGAAGCGCUGGCAGAGACACCCACAUCCCCUCCUAAAACCAAAAACGGCUCCAAACUCCCUGAGCCUAAGAAGCCCCUGAAAGGCAAGGAGAUCUGGCUGGCGUUCCGGAACGCAGCCGCGCUCCUCAGCAAGCUUCUGGCUCAGCUGGAGGCUUUCACCUUCACCCGCAAGUGCCCCUUUCCGUCCGUGCUGCGGGCGGGUGCCAUCUUCAUCCCCAUCCACGUGGUGAAGGAGAAACUCUUCCCCGAGCUCCCCGGGGCCUCUGUGGACCAGGUGCUGCAGAAGCACAAGGUGGAGCUGCGGCCCACCACGCUCUCCGAAGAGAAGCUUCUGAGGGAGCUGGAGCUCAAGGGCUGCACCUCGCGCAUGCUGAAGCUCCUGGCUCUCAAACAGCUCCCCGAGAUCUACCCAGACCUGCUGAACCUCCUGUGGCACCACUCCAUCCAGCAGCAGCUCGGCUCUCAGGAAUGGGACAGUCCCACCCUACCCUCGUGUCCCUAUUGCUGCAACCGGAGGCAUCACCGACAACUUUGUGUCUUACAGGGUCCGGGUCGGAGGUUGGCCAGUAGAGGAAUAUGACCUCGUCCAUUGACUGCGCUGAACCACAACACAGGGAGCGAUGGCGUCGGGGCGAGAGCUUCAGCCCCAGCUGGGAAGGGGCUGCAAAGAAGAUCUGAAGGACAGUUGAUAGCAAAAACACCCCCAAAUGCUGCGGGCACCCAUGGAACGUGCCCAGGACAGACAGACUGCCUUUCCCCCACCUCACGGUGUAGAACCUUACAGCUCCGUGCUCAGGUGCUGCGAGCAGACGAGGAACAAGCUCAGAUGAGGGUUAUGUUGUUGUUAUUUUUUCACUACAGGAGUAUUUAUUUUAAGCUAAGAAUAUGGAGUAAAAGGAAAAACAAAACAAAAAACCCCAUACCCAUGAUUUUUCUUAGCCAAAUAGGGCCUCUCCCAGCACAGGGAGGCUGCUGCUGUAAAGGAGUUUGGAAAGCAGUGUUUGUUGAUAAGCCUGUAACGUGGUUUUGUAUACCAGUAGACCUAUGCAUAAAGUCCCAGGGAAAGAAGUUAUGUUGCCUUAUUUAAUGUUUUGUAAGACUGUGAGUCUCCAGAAGCACCUCACCUCAUUAAAGGGCUCAUUUUCCAACA